CGGGCGGCGGGACGCGGGACGCGCUGUCCGGGGCAGGGGAGGGCGUCAGGGCCCCGAGGGGACUGUGGUUACCCCGCCUUAGCCCACCCCAGUGCCACCGAGAGGUCUGUGGGUGCUCCGGAUGCCUCCCUCGCCUUCGGUAGUCCCGGAGUGAGGCGGAGGGUAACGGCGGGCCGGCCGCUGCGUGGAAGGCAGCUUCAGGGCUGAAUACAGCUGUGAUGCACAUCCGUUUGAUGAAGAAAGCGUUGCUUUUUCACCGUCGCUUUGCAAAAUUAGCUGGGUUGAAAAAUGGUGCAGCACAGAGUGGAAAAGGCAAAAUGAAAAAAGCCAAAAAACAGAAGGGGAAGAAGCAACAGCCUGUGUUUGAUAAUUCUUGUGUAGAACUGGAACAUGAAAUCAGUAAUAAAACUGGAGUGGAUGCUUCUGAAAAGAAAAAGAAAAAAAAGAAGAAAAAGUGUGAGGAUACAGAUGAACAAAGGGAUGGAGCUUGUGUUACAGUGAAUUGCCUCGGCACUGAGAGUUGUGAGGACGUUGAUCAUGAUUAUGUUUAUUUAAAAGAACCUAUUAGGAAGAAAAGAAAACUAAAAUUGCCUGAAGUGGAUGAGGUAUCUGAGCUGCCAGCCUCAGAAACACAGGAUGAAAAUGAAAGUAAAAGAUCCAAAAAGAAGAAAAAGAAGAAGAAGAAGAAGAAGAAAAAAGGAGACAGUAGUACCCAAAAUACACAAGAGGACACUGAUGUACCUGUUGACCAGUCGCUGUUGUCAUCCCCAGAGCAAAACAGGCAAGAGGAAGAUACAACUUUGUCAUUACCUGCAGAUGUAGGUGAUGUGGCAGCGACCCGGCAAUGGCGUGAAAAUGGUGACUCUGAUGCAUUUCUUUCUGUGAGUGAGGAUUCUACAGAUGUACCUGCUAAUUUUUCUAAGCCAACUAAAGCAGCUGAUCGAGCUCCUCAAAAAACUCCAGUGCAUCCUAGAAAGAAAAUAAAAAGUAAAGCUUUUGUCACGGAGGAAGACUCUUCAGAGUCUGAUGAAAGGACACCAGAACCCUCAGCAUCAGUUACAAAGAAGCACCAGGAUAAUUCCGUUACUGAAAUGGCAGCCUCUGGUGAGCUUAGUUUGGAUGAUGAAGAGUUCCUGAACUCCUCCAUGUGUUCGAUUAUAGAUUUGGAUACUGCAAAACAGGAAUUGGAAGAGUUUAUUCCUCAUGUGAGGAGUAUAUCGGACAGUUCAAUCCGAAAGAUGGCUGGCAGAGACCUAGCAAGGUUUAAAGAGUUUAAAAAACAAGGUAUUGCUGUCAAGUUUGGCAGAUUUUCCCAGAAGGAAAAUAAUCAGCUCCGGAAAAAUAUUGAAGAAUUCUUAUCAAUUUCUGGAAUAGACAGUGCUGAAAAGCUCCUCUUCACCUCGAGGUACCCAGAGGACAGAGAAACUAUUUGUCGCCUAAAAGUAGAAUAUCAUUUUUGUGAAAAGCUGUCUAAGGGCAUACCACGACCCUGGAGGCUGAUAUAUUAUCGAGCAAGGAAGAUGUUUGACCCAAAUAAUUAUAAAGGGAGAUAUACUAAGGAAGAAAUAGAAAAAUUAAAGAAGUAUUAUGCUCUGCAUGGCAAUAAUUGGAAGAAGAUUUCUGAGAUGAUGUCCCGUUCUAACCUCUCAGUUGCUAUGAAAUACUCUGAAAUCAAGUCAGCUAUCAAUUAUGGUCCUUGGUCAAAGGAAGAGACCCAGAAAUUAAUGUGUGCAGUGGAGGAAGUGAUUAGGAAAAGAAUGGGAGAUGCAAAUUCUCUGUCUGCAUCCGACAAGUCAAAUAGAGAUCUCUUAAUUGACCGUGAGACACUGUACCAGAAAUUGCCAUGGACUGAGAUUGAAGCCAAAGUGGGAACUCGGUAUUGGAGACAAUGUAAACAGAAAUGGACUACAAUUUUAACACACAAGAUGACCAAAGGACAGCACUCAAGUAAGGGGCCCGAUGUAUUACAUGUCAAGAUCAACCUUAUUAAAAGGUUGCAUGAAACUAAAGUGGAGGAUGCUGAUGAAGUAAACUGGGAAGAAAUCAGUAAUGCUAUUGGAGAUGUCCCUAAAGCCUAUGUUCAAGCAAAAUUUUAUAAGCUAAAAGUCUCCUGUGUCCCUUUUUGGCAGAAGAAGACUUUUUCUGAAAUUGUUGAUUAUCUUUAUGAAAAGAAACUCCCGGAACUUGAAGAAACGUUAGGAAAACGGAAGGGGAAACACUCGAGUUCUGACAGUUCAGCCAAGCCACAGAAGAAGUCUUUCCGACUCGGUGACAUUUUUGACUCCAGUGAAGACAGUGAUUGAUUCACUGCUCCAAAAGCAAUUCCUAGUCUGCAUAUUUAACUGCAGAAUGGAUUUGGUUCAAAGUGGGUGCAGAUCAACAACUGCAGGCACACAGGCUGUCUCAUAAUGGCAAAAAUGAAGAUGUCUAUGUCUGAUUUUCUUAUUUAAUAUUGAAGAUUGAGGUAAAUACAGUUUUUGUUACACCUUUUAUUACCUUAAUUUAGCCCUGCUUUUAGAGUUCUUCACGUAAGCAUCCAGGUUGCUUUCUGAAUGUCUUAAAACCAGUAUUUUUUCCAACUGCUUUGUUUUCUCUGGAGCUGGAAGUUGCAGUUGACCUUUUGUUUGUGAACUUACUUUUCAGAACUUGAGUGAAUUUUAAUUUUUUUUAAAGAGAAUUGAGAAAAGGCUUUAAAUUAACUUUAAAAUCCCUGUAUAAAUUUUAAGACAUCUGUGUUGAUGGAAACAGCAGAACUUUGAAUUGCUGCUGCUUUUCAAUUUUUUUAUUUUCAUGGGUACCUUAUUCUUUGUAGGGGUUGGAAAAGACCUUUAGAAAUCAUUUAGUCCAACUCCCCUACUCAAGCAUGUCCACCUAGAUCAGGUCCCACAAGAUCAUAUCCAGGCAGAUUUGAAAACUUCCAGAGGAGCCUCCACACCCUCCCUGGGCAGCCUGUGCCAGGGCUCCCUCACCCACACAAUAAAAUAGUUUUUCUUUAUGUUUUAAGUGGAACUUUUUGCGUUCCAGCUUUUCCAUUACCCCUUGUCCUGUCACUGGAUACUAGAAAAAAGCGUGAUACCCCAACCUCCUGACACCCACCGUUUAGAUAUUUGUAAAUAUUAAUGAGAUCCCCCUGCAGUCUCCUCCAGACUAAACAGCCUCAGUUCCCUCAGCCUUUCCUCAUAAGAAAGAUGCUCCAGUCUCCUGAACAGAAUGACUUUUAUCAUCCCUUCUAGAGAAAAGAGAUUUUUGUCCAUUACUGUUAAUAAAUUGUCAUUUCAUGCUAACCAGAACAAUGCAUUUAAAAUGUUAAUAUUUGGACUACAGAGGCAGAAUAGGCAGUGUACAUAUACACACACAGAUAUAUAUAUUUUUAUUGUGCCAAGGAGAAUUUCUACAAUUUAGUAAGAAAUGGAGGAGUAAGAUGGAGGUUGCAUUUAUGUAUUUGUAUGAUAUUUCUGACUAUCUGCCUCUUAACUACUUGUAAUUGACCAGGUGAAUGUAAAAAAAGAUAACUAAAAAUCUUACUCUGCAUGUAAAGUAUUUCUGAUUUGUUUCUAUUUCCUAUAUGCUGUAUGAGAAAGUAAUGCAAGAAGACUUGGUGUCUGACAGAUACUACUUUUUGAUGUUUAUUUUGAUAAGCAAUAAUUUCCUUGUUUAGUAAUUGUCAUCAAAAUGCAGAACUUUCAACAGCUUGAAAUAAAGGCCUUGUUUGAAGUUA